GGAAGGGAAGAAGAGGGAGCGCACAGAGAGCCCACUGUUAGAAGGAAGAAAGGCAGAUUGACUGUCAAUGGACAGUGUAGGUAGAUGGCCGGACAAAUUGGACAGAUAAACCCAGAACAGAAGAAAAGGAGGGAUUGAGAUAGACAAAGAGAGAAAGGGAUUACCAAGUAUUGAGUACAGUAGAGCAGGAUAGUUGUGUAACUGAAGGGGAAACAGGCCAGGAGAGAGCAGCCAACCCUGGGAAGAUGCUGUGAGGACUCAGGACUAGAGCCAAGGGAUGGUGGUUGAGAAAACCAGCAGGCGGACACAUUUAAUCAGAAUGGAGGACCAGGACCGAAUGAGCCAAGCCUCGAGUGUAGUCACUAUCUCCUCUUUUCCUGUUAAAAGCAUGGACAGUGAUGACAGGGUGCAAACGUUUGGGAAGAGAUGUAGGGCGGCUAAGAGAGAUCCGAACUGCCCUGUUGUGAUCAGGGGCUGGCUAAAUAAAAAGGACAGCUCUGGGCUGAAACUGUGGAAAAGAAGAUGGUUUGUCCUGUCAAACUACUGUCUGUUCUAUUACAAAGACAGUAGAGAAGAGUCUGUUCUAGGGAGCAUACCGCUACCUAGCUACAGCAUUCUCUUCUGCACACCACGAGAAUGCAAAAACAGAAAAAACACUUUCAAAGUGGUGCAUCAGGGUAUGCGCUCCUACUUCUUCUGUGCCGACACUCAGGAGGACAUGCUGAGCUGGGUCAGGGCACUCAAUCAGUCAGCUUGUAUGGAAGCAGACAGCUCCAUCAACAGGCGUUGCUCGAGUUAUCAGGACUUCACACAGAUGGGUGGCAGCAGUGAGUCAGUGGAUCUCCCUCAAUCCCCCUCUCUCCGAGAUGGUCUCUCACAAAAUGCAGAGCACGCCAUCCGAUCACAAAGGGAACCAAGUCAGGUCACCAGGGGGAGAUCAGGGACACCCCGUUCAGAACCUAGCGGAAGGCGGAGCAUGCGACAAAGCCCAUCGACCAGAACCCCCAGCCCGACAGAGUUCAGGAGCAGACGGGUGGAGCGGAAAGAUGAGGAUUCCCUUCCCUUCCUUUCUAGUUCUAACACACCGCCAGAAUAUAUGAGGACAGGUUCUUUAACCCCCAGGGGUCAAUUGGUGUCGCGACCCCACACGCCAGUGGGCCGGGUUGACAUUCGACCCCAGGAUGAUCCAGGCAUUAUGACUCAGUGUUGCGCCUCUGGGUCCCCCAAGCUGGAGUUUAAGUCCGCCCCCCACACUCCAGGAUCUGAGAGAUGGCAAACUGUCAACAGGCCUACACCUGUAUAUUCCUCCCUCCACCAUAUCCCAAGUGGACGAAGAGCUUUAGGAAAGAGCAACUCAACAGAGGGACAAACAGACUUACUGCCCCCUUUGCCCACAACAUCAAGAGUUCCACAUGCUCACCACCCACCACACCCCCACCACCACCAUCGCAGUCACAUGUCUGUCUGUCUGCUACCGCCACCUGUGCCUGCCAAAUCUGAGCUGAAUGACAGCGAGACUCCAUCACCCAUCCAACUUCUCGAGAGUGAAGCAGAUGCUGUGCUGACUAGACUGUGUGGGUGUGACAAACUUCUCCAGUCUCUCUCUCUGGAACUGGCCAAGCUACAACUGGAUAAGGACCAUGUUCAGUAUGCCUUAGAGAUGACCAGGAUGCAACUGGAUGAGUGGAGGAGCCAAGGACUCAGAGGACAGGAAGGAGCACUCAACCAGAAGGCUUUGCUCCAGGAAGAACUGAUCACCAUCCGAGCGAGAAUGUGUGACGUCUCGUUGGAAAUGGAGAGAGUGUGGAGCCAGUAUGAGAGGAUGGAAAGUGAGCUGUCUGUGUUCCGCUCACACCUCCAGCACGUCUGUAAUUUUGGAAUGCCACAGGAGCAGUCCCAGGCCCAGAGAGAACUGUGGAUGAUGGAGGAUAUCCUCUCUGGACUCAGGGUAAACCGGGAUCACUUCCGGGUCCUGCUUGGCUUGCAGAGGCACCCAGGAACAUUCCAGAAUCCUUCCUCCCACCCGGGUACACCUGGAUCUCCAACGGAGAGGACACAGUGCGGCCUGCCAAUGGGGAUGGAAUCAGAACCUCCGGCCCGCCCACCUUUACCUCAGGAGCUCCAAGACACGAAUCAGGGUAGAGACCAGGGGCGUGAGAGGAUGGAGCCAAACUACGAGGUCAUCUACACUUGUCCUGUAGAUCCAUUAGAUAGAAGAGGAAACAACCAAUCCGAUCCCAUUGGUGACAGGACACAGAGAGAAACAUCAGAAUCUCAGUUUAGCUCAAGAUGGUCCACACCAGAUGCAAAAAAUAAGAAGGGAAGGAUGAGUGAAGGGGAGCAGAUGGAGAGGAUGAGAAGACAUCAGGAGAGACUAACCAGUCGGAGGAACCCACCCGCGGGCGGCCCUAUCCGAACGAAGGGUCAAAGUUCACAACCGAUAGACGAGGCGCCCUUCCCACUGAGGGUGACGAGAAUCGUCACAGCCAUCUUGCCGUCCCCUCUGAUUGCCCGACACGUUUCUGUCGAGGACCCCCCUCCCGAGCUGGCCACUCCACUGCCUGAGCAGAUUCCUCCAGGGGUGCAACACAGACUGACAGAACCGAGCAAGAAAUUAUUCCAGAAACCGCCUCGAAGGCAGUUAUUCGACAUGUCCGAUCAAAAUUCCAACUGGUCCCAGGCGGAGGCGUCAGAGAUUAGCCUGGUGGAGCAGCAACCGGCCAAACAGUUAGCUAAAGCUCCACACGGUGUAGCUUCAGAGAGGGAGGUGCAAAACACCCAUGGCCUCAAUGCAACUAGGGCCAAAGAGAGCCACAAUGUCACUACCAGGGCCUCUAGAGAAGACACCCAGAGCGAGGAGCCUUCUGCGGAUGCUAUGAUGCUUCAGCCGAGUUGUGACCAGGCAGUUGUGGGAAACGAAGGUGUGGCCGAUAACAGAGGCGUGGCCCGCGAUUCCAGGGUAAGAGAGGAUGAUGAGGGUCUUGACUGUAGAAGAGAAGUAUUGAGAGAAGGUCAAAGGGAGGAAGAGAAGGUUGAGGGAUGCGUUGCUCUCCCAACAUCUGGCUCAGACCCUGACCUCUUUCUCACCCCUGACCAGAGAGAGGCCAAACUGAGACGUGUCGAGAGGAUCAGAGAGAGAGUCAUUCGGAGUGCAGUCAGAGAGAGUGCUCUGGCAUCCGGCCGUCCGCUGUCGAGAGGGGAGAGAGAGGAGUCCCGCAACACCCCUUCUACAAAGACCUAUGAGAGCACCACGAAGGGCAGGGAAAUAUCAGUUUCCAGACCUAAUGAGGAUGUUUGUGGAGGCUGGUGUCAUAGUGACGGAGCUGUUCUACGUCGUUACGGGACAGCUGAACCUCCGACCCCUGGAGAGAAACCACCUAAUGCAGAUGAGGAAAAGGGACGUAUGAAAGGUCAUGAGGGUCAUAUUGAGAACAAAAUGCAGCACGAAGGUCAUAGUGACAGAAAGGGUAUCAUGAAACAUAAAAAAGAAAAUAAACCACCUAUUUCCCCCAAUCACAUCUCCUCGAUGGCUGUAUACCAGAACAAUAAAGGCCAGACAUUUAAAAAGAGGUGCGAGGAGGAAGAACAGGAAGAAAACCAAGAGGAACUCUCAACCAGUCAUGGUGAACGCAUUUUUCUGUCCACCAAUCAAAGAGCAGAAUGGUUUCUCUCAACCAAUCAGAGGCAUGAGUUCAUACCUUUACGUGACCAAGGACUGGAUUCAACAUGUCGUGAGGAAACCUUGAACCUGAUCAAUGAUCAAUAUGAACAUUCAAGAACUGCUUCAAAUGGUGCCUCAUUCACUGUUAGUGAAAGUUUCGAGAAAAUGUUGGAGAACCAUUCCCUUUUCUAUAAAAUCACAAGUGACAUCAAUCUGUCAGACACAGACAUUACGAUGAUUGAUGGACAAUCCAUAUCCAGUCACGUAGAAGAGAUCGAGGGGGCAACCAAUAAGAUUUCAACAGCAGAUGAAGUUACCUAUGGUGUGCUAAGACCAACAGACCGAGAAAUCAAAGGUCACCACCUUUCAGAAUCCUCAAUAAGUCAUAUUAGUGGAGACACUGUAACCAAUGAGCUUCAAGACAUAACACACAUGAACCCACAAUUCUCUCGUAAUCUAACAUCACAUGCCUCAAUCAGACCAGAACAUGACCUAUGCAUCUAUGAAGAGAUACCAGACAAUGACACUUUGACCAAAGCAACAGAGGUGCAGUGUCAUGAAAGUAACAAGAAUGUCAGGGAAAGUCAGGCAUUGACUUAUCCCGAAAUGUUGGAUUACCCAGAAUCAGAGCAGACCACAGAUACAUGUGAAAGGUCAAAAACAGCAAAAAGGAAAUGUGGAACAUUUGAGAUGGUAGAUGGGAAUGUGGAACAUGCAAGAACUGUAGAGUCAAAGUCGUCAGACAGCAGUUUGGCUGGAGGAAGCAAAGAAACUGUCCAAAAGAGAGCUAGCCUGUCCAAAACCAAUUCUUUAGGCCUCUUUGAAAGUGGAAAGGAGAACCAAGGUGCCUCAUUUGGAAAAGGGAGAGUAACAGUACUCCGAACAAGUUUGUAGUGUGACUACAAAAAUGGAGGAUGACAAGGAAGAUGUAAAACAACAAUAAAUGGAGGAAUGCGGAAGAUUGGGGUGCAAGUACAAACGUGAGAAAAAUUGCAUAUUGAUGAGAGAGGAACAAUGAAAUUCAGGGAACAGAACCCUUCUCAGAAUAUGAGAAUGGGAUCACAUGGUUUAGAGAGCAAUUCAAAUGGUUACCUGUAAAACUAUCUUACAGUGGAAUACAGCAAUUGAAAUAAUAACAAUAUGUUCUCCCUGUUUCCAUAAAUAGCUUAAUGACGGGGCUGGAAAAACUAAUCUAAUUCAUAGAGCUAUGGGUGUAAAAAUGAUGGUAUUAGCCAUAUUUUGAAUCUAUAAAAUUUUUGUUUACAAUUGCUUGUUUUCAAAACAUUGGGAUAAAAUAAGCAUAUGGGUUACAUAUUUGAACCUUGCUCCUAGUUAUAUUCUCCAAAAACCAAAACAUCAAUCUAUGUAAAAUCUGCAGAUAAUCACAGAUUAUGUAUACACUGUUUGUAUUUUGGUCCUAUGCAGUAUGAAUACAAUGCAAGCCACUGUAAUAGCAACUAAAUAAUAUAACGUUUAAAGUCUGAGGUUACACAGUCAUUCCAACUUGUUUACAUGUCUUAACACUGAACCAAUGUACACAUAUCACAGAUGGAUGGUUGUUCAUUGUUCACCUAUAACCCUUAAUAUGAUACUCACUGUAUAACAUGACACAUGCUUGUGUUUUGUAUCUCAAAUGUCCUAAUUAAUAAACAUGUGUCUGACAUUA